AUGAACCCCGUGACUCCACAUGACCUGCGCACCCACUCUUUGCCGCAAGCCAGGGAGCGGGUGCAGGUUCUCCAUAUCUCCUCCAGGGCACUGCUGGAGGUUAUGGCCUGCUAUCCAGGUAUGGCAUCGAUCUACAUGUCGCGUUCCAGACAGACCUCCGUGGUCCUGCAGCAGAGCCUUACCAGGCCCGCAGAUGUCCUAGCCGGUAUGAAGCUUUUCUACGGCAUGGAGCCUGGCUUCAUCCGGCUUCUGACAAACAUCGCAGAGCGUAAGAUGAACUUCCUCGGGGAUGUGGUCAAGGAAGAAGGCAGCACAGACCGAACUCUACGGCUGCAAGAGUUCGGCAAGGUCCGUGCGGAGACGGAAGCUGAAGGCUGCGUCUCUAUCACGGACGUGGGCACCGUGCUGGGCGAGAAGAUGUUCUUGGGAUGGCGAGAACGAUCCCAAGCGACGUUCCGUGUAGCGACACCCAUCGCCGUGAUGCUUUGGAUUGCACAGCAUCACUUCGAGAAUCUCCUCGAGAACAACCCCUCGGAGCACGCCUACUUCCGGGCACUGGAAGAGACUGAUGGAGGUACUGAGGCAGUGAAACACAAGGCGGAGGACUUGGAGCUCUUCCGAGGUUGCGGUCGAAGCUUCACGCAGGACAUCGGGAGCUUUAUUGGCCGGAGAGCCUACAAGCCGGGCCAGGCCAUCGUCGUUCAAAAGGCAGCAGAUGAGGGCUCGCUCUUCAUCGUGACGGGGGGGCGCGCUGCUGUCAUCAUCAAUAGCGAGACGCGGCAGGAGAUCUCCUCAGGAGAUGUCUUCGGCGAGCUGGGGCUCUUGGGCCUUGUGCUCCGUCGGGCGGCGACGAUUGCUGCCAUUACGUAUUGCACGUGCUUGGAGAUGCCGAAGAAGGCUUUCAUCAAGGCCCUCGAUCGGCAUCACGAGGAGACCGAGCACUUCGAAUCGUUGACACGACUCCACGGCGCACUUGUGGCCAAGGAGACGGGCACUUGGCCCUUUCUCACGAAGGCCACAGACCGCCUGUUGUACUACGUGAAUCUCCACGCGUCGCGAGAGAGCACUCCCGUGGGCAAGUGGACUUCGAGGGAGGGCGUCGAGAUUCCAACUGACGUGGCUGUACUGAUCAUCUCAGGGGAGAUCUACGUCUCCGAGAACAGCGGCCGCCGCAUUCUAAUGACGGAAGGAAGCUGCUUUGGUGAGCACAUACUCAUCGGUCUCCCCACGCAGACGCUGAAGAUUGAGCCCAAGACAGCGUGUGAACUGCAGAUGAUGAACAAGCAGACCUUCGAGAAAAUCAUGGCCGAAUGCCAAGACGAACGGGAUGCGGCCGUCCAGGGCAUCUUGAACGAGAUGGCAAUCAAAGCAGAAGUCAAGCUCGGCGUGGCGCGAGGCGCAUCCGAGAUCCUGAGGCGGAGCGCCCUUUUCCGGGCCUCGAGCCAGGAGUUUUUGGAGCAGAUCCGACCUCGGAUGUAUGCCUGCCUCAUCAAGGCGGAUCAGCUCCUGGUGGAUGAGAGGGAGGUGGCCGACUGCAUGUUCUUCAUCGUGAGGGGCCACGCAGCCGUGAUGGGCGACGCGCGUGACGAAGCAGACGCGGUCCUGCGCUUCAAAGCAGGCACAGCUUGCUGCGAGUCUGCUGUACUUGGCACCUGCAGCUACUUCCCCUACGCAGUGCGAGCGCAGAGCCUUUGUCUAACCCUGGCGCUGGCGCGGACAGACUUCCAGGCGGUAUUGGCCAACUAUCCGGAGGAGAAGCAGAUGUUUGCGAAGCUAUCAGAGGACGAAGAGUCCCAGGACAUGCUCUUUAGCCUUCCACGUGUCCUGAAGCUUCAUCACCAGCUUUUCACAGCCUCGAGCAUUGACUUCCUCCGAAAGAUGUGCGCGUUGGCCGAUGAGGUGUACUACGCGCCGCUCGAGACAAUCAUCAUCCGUGGCGAGAGCUGUGCCGUGGGCAAGACGGUGAUGUAUGUGCUUCUGUCCGGCCUCGCCGUCGUCAAACUGACCUUCGGCGAGGAGGUCGCAACAAUUCGACCAGGGAUGAUGGUCGGUGAGGGCGGGGCUUUGGGCAUUGCGGAUAAGCGGACGACGGAGAUCUGCGCUCACAAGGACACCCUCGUGCGAUGCAUUCGCCUGCAGGGGGCCUCGAUCCGCAAGGCUAUUGAUGCCCACCCGGAAGAUUGCGAAGCACUGGAAGAGACAUUCAAGAAACGCUCUCAGCAGAACGCCCAAGCUGAAGGCAAGCGGCGAGAAUGGCUGCAGAGCUUGGUGAUCCCCAUUCUCCGUCAAAUCAACCUUUUCUCUGGCUUCUCCAUGAAGCUCAUUUCGAAGAUUGCAGAGCCGCUGCUCAAGUCGACGUUCCCAGAGGGCCAAAACCUGUGCACCGUGGGGGAAAGCGCGGAUUCCAUGAUUAUGGUGGUGGAGGGAGAGGUGGAGAUCAAAUCCAAGGAUGGCACGGCUAUUGGUGAGCUGGCCUUGAUGGGCCUCUUUCCUUUCAGGACUGCUACGGUGACGGCGCUCAAGGCCACAGACACGGCCACUGGGACCCACUCAAUCCAUCGAGAGGUCUUCGUCAAGUCUUGGAACUUUCAGAAGAUGCUCGGAGAGUCGGGGCCUGCGCAAGACUACAUCGAGAAGCUGGACCAGACACGUGUAGGCCAGACAGUGUCCGCCAUGUCCCAUGUCUCUACAUCCGCACCGACCUCGUCAAGUGAUGAGUAUAAAUGCUUCUUGUGCGACCAAUGGCCUGCAAGAGAGUAUUUCUUUUGCACUACCUGCUACGGCGACGGCAGGAUUUUCGUUUGCCUGGGAUGCCGGCAACAAGCAACAUGCCAAAGGUGUAGACGCCAUGUGAGGGUGGAAGAGCUCCAUAGUGCAAACACGGUCGGAACUGUAGCCGAAGUGGAAGAAGACCCAACUACCAUCGCGGAACGAGUGGCCAACGUCGAGCUGGAGCUGUCCCGUCUCCGACUGGCACUACGAGAUGAACCGACGCCAGCACCGGCCAUCGUCCAGCCAAGGCAGACCCAGAUGCCUUCUGCACAUUCACGGCCACCGGCAACGAGACGGAUGCAGCACCCAAUUCGGCGAAGACAGCUGGACAACGGGUGGCUCCGGUUUGACUUCCACAAAGAGGACGAGCCGCUCUUCAGGAGCAAGAACAACAACGGACGCAUACCUCCGCCAGGAUGCCGUGAUCUUCACCAGAAUGGACGCGUAUGCUGGGGAGGCCUGCUGCCAUGCGAGGCCGUCCAGGAGCAAGACGCGUGCUUUUUCCUCGUGCAUGAGGAGAAGCGGCUUUUGUUUCACGGACCGUGCAAGCCAAUUAGAAUCCGGUUGGCCAAGAUCGUCUUGAACGAAUGGCGUGAUGUUCCAUGGAGUUGCGUUUAUUCCGAUCUGGCAUUGGGAGAACCAACAUCAUGGUCAUCGACCAGAAUCAGCCUCUGA